AUGUCCUCUAAGAAAGAAUUCAUCUGCCUCAUCCCCGACAAACCAGGCAUGUUGGAAAAACGCCUGGAAGUCCGCGGUCAACACCUCGAAGGUGUCAGACCUCUGGCUGACAAUGGUUCCAUUGUUGUCGGUGGAGCCAUGGUGGACUCGCACCCCGCUCCUGGCGAGACCCCUCCCUUUAAGGGGAGUGCUUUGAUCGUUGUCGCGGAGGAUGAGGCCCAGGUGAGGGAGCUCAUCCGUAAGGAUAUUUAUACGCGAAGUGGGGUGUGGGAUGUUGAGAACGUGCAGAUUAUUCCGUUCAUGUGCGCGCUUAGAGUCGGAAAUCGGCCGCUUCCUUAG